AGAUUGAAGAGAGAGGAGCCAUUAGUCAUGGGCAAUGCUCAGUCACCCUCGAUUGAUCCACGCUUCACUUCGGCCACUCGCUCUUUCACUCAAAACGAGCUCGAAAAUCUAAAAUCUCUCUUUGUGUCCCUUGCCGCCCAAUCGCAAAGCAAUUGCAAAUUCAUCUCUCCCUCUGUUUUUAAGGCGUAUUUUAGAAUUCCUGGGUCUCUUGGGCAGAGAAUGUUUGAUUUGGUCACGCAGAAGCGAAACGAUCAGGAACUCACUUUUGAGGAUCUUGUAAUUACUAAAGGAAUCUAUGAGAAAGGAUCAAGAGAUGAAAUUGAGGAGUUCAUUUAUCAGUUAUUAGAUGUAACUGGGGAUGGCGUUUGGGGAAGGUUCGAUCUGGAAGCUGUUUUAAUUGCAGCCUUUGAUGCUAUUUUUCCUUCAAAGAAUGCUGAAACUGGAUUGAGUUCACAACAGUACAUCAUCCGUGUAUUUCUUAAUACUGCAAAAUUUUCGAAGCAAGUUGAAGGAUCUGCUGAGAAUAGUAUGUCCUUUGAAGAUUUCAAAAGUUGGUGUAGCUUUAUUCCAUCAGUGAGGAAGUUUCUUGGAAACUUGUUGAUGCCACCUGAUCCAGGGAGACUGGGUUUUCAAGUUCCUUCCCUGUUGCAUUCAGAAAGUGUAGAUUCUAACUUGCUAAUUCUAAGGAAAGAAUAUGCUUGGCAUAUAGGAGGGGCCCUUGCUCAAAAUGAACUGGAGGAAUGGAAACUUCUAUACCAUAGUUCUAUUGAUGGAUUUAGCUUCUACACAUUCUUAGGAAAAAUAUCAAUUGGAGAAGGGUCAACGGUUCUGAUAAUCAAGGAUAAAGAAGGUUAUAUAUAUGGAGGUUAUGCAUCUCAGCCUUGGGAGAGACAUGGUGAUUUCUAUGGGGAUAUGAAAUCAUUUAUAUUCCAGCUAUAUCCACAGGCAUCCAUAUUCCGCCCAACUGGAGCAAAUGGUAAUUUGCAGUGGUGUGCAGUGAAUUUCAGUUCAGAAAGCAUCCCCAAUGGACUUGGCUUUGGAGGAAGAGUGAAUCACUUUGGUCUUUUUCUCUCUGCAAGCUUUGAUCAAGGGCAUACAUUCACGUGUAGUACCUUUGGUAGCCCAUGUCUUUCGAAGUCAAACCAAGUAUAUCCAGAAGUGAUAGAAUGCUGGGGAGUUGUGAUUAAAGGUGUGCAAGAGGAGAAGUCUGACAUCAAAGGUACUGUUCUGGAGAGGUUUAAGGAGGACCGUCACAUGCUCAACUUGGUGGGGCUUGCAAAUUCUAGUGAGUGAAUGUGGCGAGUUCUCAUCCUCUUUUGAAAUGUCAAUCUGAUGCAAUGUCCUUGGUGGUUUGUUAUCAUGGAAAAAAAUCCCUCCACAAAAAUUGUAGAAAUCUGUGCAAUAUAUAUAUGAAAUACUUUGUUGUACAUUAGAUAUAUAGGUUAAUGAUUCUCUGUGGUCUUGCCAUGAUUGGUAGCAUUUGAUUUGGAUUUCCGCAUCUCCUUUUAAAGGUGAUUGCAAAAAUAACCUAUGUACAUUAGGGAUUUAUAUCAUUAUCUUAUAUCA